AUGCGCCAGAACGUUUGGAGGCUGGCGGGUGCAUUUCCAGUCGCGCAUCUCAACCAGAGCCCGCGAUACUCAGCUUGGAACCCCUUUAUACAGAAGCGCAAUCGAAAUACUACCGCGGAGGAUAGGGGCAAGGUUGGGCAACCAUUAGAUCACAAUGGGCGACCACUGUCCGAAGAAGCAAUAACCGCUGCCCGCGAAUACUGGAGACUACAGGAGUUUAUUGACCACUCUCUGUCACCCCCAACGUCCGGCCUUCUUCAUGAGAUACAUCUUCACCGGACAACCUACACCAACGCUGUGUUGAACCAAGACGGUGCGAGUAAAGUUGCCGCCACGCGUACAUACGAACCCCCAUACAUCGAGCCUUCAAGGGACAACGACGAGCUCCAGCCCAACGAACUGCCACCUCUUCUUGAUUACCACUGGCACACAUACAGCUCCUCUCCGUCAUCACAAUCGGUCGACCCCAGUCCAGAGCCCGGACCAUCUUUUAGCUCUGAAGAAGACCACCCGUCGCUCUCUCCAGAACAAGAAGCCCUUGUUGAGCUCGCGGCGUCUGGCGAUAAUAUCUUCUACACAGGCUCAGCAGGCUCUGGCAAAUCUCGGGUUCUACAUGCUAUCAAGGAACGUCUUCAAGGGCUCGGACAAGUCGUCCAUGUUGUCGCUCCUACUGGCAAGGCUGCCAGCAAUGUCAGUGGCAUGACGACCUGGUCCUUCGCUGGCUGGUCUCCGGGUCUUACCCGACAAGGUAUUAAUGAUCUUGUGGGUAAGUCCUGCUCAAAUAUAGUUCGUCAACGCAUCAUAGGCACAGACGUCCUCAUCAUCGACGAGAUUAGCAUGGUUGAGAAUCUCCAUUUUGAACGCCUCAAUGCCGUGUUCAAGAGAAUCCGCCAGAAUCGUCGACCAUUUGGCGGUGCCCAGGUCAUUGUCGUUGGCGAUUUCUGCCAGCUACCACCAGUGUUACCGUUCAAACUCUGUUUCAAGUGCGGCAAGCAGAUGAAGAGGGUAGGAUGCCAAGACGAGGAAACGACAACUUACACAUGCAAACCGUGUCGCGAAACCUACACUGAUGCGGACAAGUGGGUUUUCCGCAGCAAAGCCUGGAAGCAAUGUAAUUUCACCAACAUUCACCUCAAGACGAUCCACCGACAGCACGACCCGCAAUUCAUCUCCAUGCUGGAGAAAUGUCGAGUUGGCAAUCGCCUCACUCUCGAGGAGGUUGAGACACUUCUCUACCAUCCUUCAAACACCGAACAAGGCACCAAGUUAUUGCCAACGCGACUAGAGGCCCGCUUGCUAAAUGAAGAAACUUUCAAAAACUUACCAACUCAAGCCAGGAGUUAUCAAUGUUACGAUGAGUUUCGCUGGCAAAAGAAACGCCACCCAGAACUGGCUUACUUGAAUGAGAGGCGUCCAGACGGCACACUCGAAGCUCUGAAGGACCAAGUCCUAGAGCCUACACUCCAUCUAAAGGCGGGUAUGUCCGUUGUUCUUCUCUACAACCUGAGCGUCUAUCGGGGGCUUUAUAAUGGCAGUCAAGGUGAGGUGAUCGGUUUCCAACCUUUCUCCUACAGGAGCAACGCACCCAAGCGACCCAAGCGACCCAAGCGACCCAAGCGACCCGUCAGCAACCCGAACGUAGCUCCCUCGCGGGAGGAGAUGGCACAAGUCAAGCCGUCGCAUGCUGAGGGACAAGACCACGACGACGACAUUAUUGAAUGGCCAGUCGUCCAGUUUGCGAAUGGCGUAACCCAACUUAUACACCCCAUCUUGCGAAAGAUCGAGUUGGGGGAAUCAGAGCCGUAUUCUGAGUUGAUGCGGAUCCAGAUACCGCUCGCGCCGGCCUGGGCCAUGACCAUCCACAAAUGUCAAGGCAUGACAAUGGACCGUGUCAUCGUCGACCUGUCCAAGGCGUUCGUCACCGGCCAAGCAUACGUUGCUCUUUCCAGAGCGAGAUCACUUGCAGGCCUGAAAGUGGAGGGAAGUCCAAGAAACCUCCUUAGCGGUAUGGGAAUGAACGAAACCGUCCGAAAGUUUCUAAACGACACGUUUGGAGAUGAGUGGACCGGUGGCUCACUCUCUAAGACGUCCUCGGUGCCAUGGUCGUAG